GAUUGCAGAUGCCAGUACCAACCACAAUGACUCAAUGAGCGAGCGGACGAUUCCUCCUCCUGUGUCGUCGCAUGGCGAGGACUUCGCCGAGGUUGUGGUGGUGCGCCAUGGGGAGACAUCGGCGAACGCCUUGUGCAUCAUUCAGGGACAAACGGAUAUAGAGUUGAAUGAGGCUGGCAGACAGCAAGCUGUUAUGGUUGCUCGUCGGUUGGCUAAAGAAGCUAAGCCAGUUGCCGUGUACUCCUCUGAUCUGAAGCGUGCUGCCGAAACGGCUCAAACUAUAGCUACAGCUUGCAAUGUGUCCAACCUGGUGUUGAGUCCUGCACUGAGAGAAAGGCACAUGGGAGAUCUCCAUGGUUUGAAGUUUGAAGAUGCCGUCAGAAGCAAGCCUGACGCUUACAAGGCUUUCUCAUCUGAAGACAGAAGCCAAGAAAUCCCUGGUGGCGGGGAGAGCCUUGACCAACUAUCUGAGCGGUGUGUUUCGUACUUGAACACAAUAGCUGGGAAGCACAAGGGUAGGCAGUAUUGGGAGCGAGUGAUUGUGGUCUCCCAUGGAGCGAGCAUCGAGGAACUCUGCAGACACGCCGAUCCAACCAGCUCAGUUCGCAGGAGAAUCCCAAACACUUCGAUCUGCGUCUUCAACAUUUCUGGCUCCACCGGCCAUUGGAUUCUCGAGAGGUUUGGAGAUGUCGCCCAUCUCAACGAAGACGACUUCCCGUAGAAUGCAUUUGGUGGCGAUGAGGCCUCUACGUAGUGCCUCCAACCAACCAACCAACCGGCUUCUUGGGCCAUUUCAUGAAUCCGGGCAUGAACUGUUAUCUGUUUGUCUCUCUUUUCUCUCAAUUUGACAAUUGUAGAACUUUCGUGCUAACUGAGUCACAUCGCAUAACUCACGAAUUCACAAAUUGUAAUUGCUUGAUUGAAACUAGCUACUGGACUUUUCAUAUUUAGUACUAGUUAAAUAGUCACACAUUCGUGUGACUAUAACC